AUGGGGAGCGGGGGGAACCAGGGAGAGGGGGCCUCCGGGCUUGAGGCGCCGAUGCCCACCUUCCGCUGGGAGGAGAUUCAGAAGCACAACCUGCGCACCGACAAGUGGCUGGUCAUCGAUCGCAAGGUCUACAACAUCACCCAAUGGUCCAGGCGGCACCCCGGGGGCCAGCGGGUUAUCGGGCACUACGCCGGGGAAGAUGCUACGGACGCCUUCCUGGCCUUCCACCGCAACCUUGAUUUUGUGCGCAAGUUCAUGAAGCCCCUGUUGAUUGGCGAGCUGGCCCCUGAGGAGCCCAGCCAGGACCGCGGCAAGAAUUCCCAGAUCACUGAGGACUUCCGGGCCCUGAGGAAGACCGCUGAGGACAUGAACCUGUUCAAGAGCAACCAGCUCUUCUUCCUUCUUCACCUGGCCCACAUCAUCGCCAUGGAGAGCAUCGCCUGGUUCACUAUCUUCUACUUUGGCAAUGGCUGGAUUCCAACCAUCAUUACGGCCUUCGUCCUUGCUACCUCUCAGGCCCAGGCUGGAUGGCUGCAACACGAUUACGGCCACCUCUCUGUUUACAAGAAGUCCAUGUGGAACCACAUCGUCCACAAGUUUGUCAUCGGUCACUUAAAGGGUGCCUCUGCCAACUGGUGGAACCACCGCCACUUCCAGCACCAUGCCAAACCCAACAUCUUCCACAAGGAUCCCGAUGUGAACAUGCUGCAUGUGUUUGUCCUGGGCGAAUCGCAGCCCAUCGAGUACGGCAAGAAGAAGCUGAAAUACCUGCCUUACAACCACCAGCAUGAGUACUUCUUCCUGAUUGGGCCGCCGCUGCUCAUCCCUUUGUACUUCCAGUACCAGAUCAUCAUGACCAUGAUCAUUCGCAAGGACUGGGUGGACUUGGCCUGGGCCAUCAGCUACUACACCCGUUUCUUCAUCACCUACAUCCCUUUCUAUGGUGUCCUGGGAUCCAUCCUUUUCCUCAACUUCAUCAGGUUCCUGGAGAGCCACUGGUUUGUGUGGGUCACACAGAUGAAUCACAUCGUCAUGGAGAUUGACCGAGAGCCCUACCGCGACUGGUUCAGCAGCCAGCUGGCAGCCACCUGCAACGUGGAGCAGUCCUUCUUCAAUGACUGGUUCAGUGGGCACCUCAACUUCCAGAUCGAGCACCACCUUUUCCCCACCAUGCCCCGGCACAACCUGCAUAAGAUCGCCCCCCUGGUGAGGUCACUGUGCGCCAAGCACGGCAUUGAGUACCAGGAGAAGCCGCUGCUCCGGGCCCUGCAAGACAUCAUCGGGUCCCUGAGGAAGUCUGGGCAGCUGUGGCUGGAUGCCUACCUCCACAAAUGAAGCUGCAGCCCUCGGGGCGCCCAUGGGGACGGUGGAGGGGAGCCGGUGGGGGUGGUGGCCGAAGGGGAGGGCGGGGUUUUGUUCAGAGAGGUGUCGGGAGGCUGUGAUGCGCGGCUCAUAGACUUGAGGCUCGGUUUCUCCUCUCUUGCUGUCUGGUUUUGAGGCGUUCACGCCUCCCUCCCACACCCUCCCUCCUGGGUCCCGCCCCUCCACCCUCCAUCCUGAAGCAUCAGCCAGACCAGAUGCGCACCGCUGCGGCCUGUGAGCCCCUGCAGCCUGGCCUCCGGGCUUCACACCACCCUCUUUUCUCCCUGCUCUUGAGGUCCGCAGGGCUGGGUCCCAGCCGGCAGGUGGGAUGGCUCCCUGAGCCUGUGGGCUGGCCCCACCGCCUUGGACAGCCACCCACCCUCUGCCCUUCUGUGGGGUGAUGUGCUGGAUUCCCCGGGUCUCCUUCCCACCGCCGGGUCGGUACUGGGGGCGCCCCUGCAGGCCCCACUUUCUCUUCAGAUGUCUGGCCCUGACGCCAGGCUCCCUUUGCCCGUGUUGCAGCCAGAUCAAGCCUCCGGGCCCAGGGAAAUGUCCGGGCCCCGCCAGAGCCCUCUGACCCAGGGCUCGAGCAGUUCCAUCCUGCCGCCUCCCAAGUCCAGAGCCUGUGAUCCCGGGACCAUGGGGGCGGGGCCACAGAUGAGCUCAGCAGAAGCAAUGGCCAGGUCAGGGGUGAGCCGACCUGUAGGCUCAGAUGUUUGUUCUGGUCGGGAGACCCAAGAUUCUGAAGCAACUGGACUGUUCGCUGGAGCGCUCCGUUCCUGCCAGGCGGUGCCAGCCAGUCCCUGACCACUUGGCUGGUGGGGACUGAGGCCCUCCAGGCUGUGAGUGGGCGCUGGAGCCCAGAAGCUCAGCACAGCCCCUCCCCACGCUGGGGCUGCCCGCAUGGACACGCUCUUCCCCAGUCUAUCACGCUCUCGUGUCUUUUACUCAUUUUCUAACCUUUUGCUACAGGAUGUUUUGCUGGGGGUGGCAGUGGGACUGGGCCUUGGGACAAUCUGCCUGUUCCCACCCCCCAGCCCCUCUGCAGCUGGGCUCACUCACUGAGGCUUCCAUGGCCCUGACUGUCAGGAGACAGAAGGAAGGAGCCCCAGAGGAGGGUGACCCCGAGAAGCUGGGAACUUGGUGAGGUGGGGGUGGGGGUACCCAAUGGGACAAGGAGGGGUUGGGGCUGAAGGCCAGACAGCUGAGGGGACAAGAAAGUGACAGGGUGGGGAACCUGGUGGCCACUGGGAAGAUCCAGAGCUGCUGCAUUUGGAAAUUAACCCACUAACCCGUAGAUAACUCCAGGGGAGGGCGGGGCAGGAGGGACCAGCUCUGACUGGUGAUGGACCUGAGGGUUGCCAUGGCGAUGAGGGAUGGCCUGCCUGAAGCCCUCCCAUUGAGAACACACCAGCCCAAAGAGCCACUGUCCCUCCCCUGAGGCAGAAUGGAUCCAUAGGGAACUGACCUUAAUUUUUAUCAUGUUGCUUCCCCACCUCUACACUUUUGGAAAUAAAUGUGAUUUUAUUCUCA